ACCGAAUCGGUUUCAAACGAUCCCCUGAUUCCAAGUGGGUACGUCUCGGACACUGAGUUCGAGUUCGAUCCAUGCGUCCCCCUUAUUUAUGCACGAACGCCCUAACCAGUCUAGUGGCAGUAAAAAGCAUGUCGUCGUCGGCGGUGCUCCGGUUCGCCUGCCGCUCGCUCCGCCGGCCUUCUUCGUUCCCGCGAGCCCUCUUCGCCAAGGAGCAGCGGUUCUUGCCCCGCUCGCCGAUGCCUACGCGCCGGCUCUACAGAUCCGACGACUGCGUCAGGAAGGCCGAGCUGAGCAAGUAUUCCCAACUAGAUACUCAACCAAAACUUCAAAAUUCGGGACACGAAACCUCUAUCGUGCCACGCAAGAAGACGAAGGUGCCCCUGACACUCGACCAAGUAUACCGUAUCUUUGAUGAGCGGGAGAUUAUGUUAAAACAACUCGAAGUAGCGAUAAUAGAGAAGAUCAAGCGUGACAGGCGUAGACGAGUGUUGUUGGGUGCUUCCAUCUUCGGCGGCCUUGCCAUUUACGUGAAGCAACGUUUCUUUGGUGGGAGUCAAGAGGUCGAGGGGAGCAAUUAAACCCUUGGUUCAGUGGGCAUAUC